GUUCGUCAAUAUAGUUAAAGUAAUAAAAUACGCGGUAAUGUAGUCCUUGAAAUGAUUAAGCGGAGCUCUAAGAAACACGUCCGAUCAUGAGUGCAACCGUCUGUCUUGUAAUGUAUGAAACCAUAUGUAUAUAGCAACCCAACUAAUUGCAAAUGUCUGCGUAGGUUCAACAAAGUUGUAUCAGCUCAACAUUAUCUCUUAAUACUUCUACAUGGGUUUUUAUGUCAUUUACAUUUUACUUUAGGUGGAGAAGAGGGGAGUAGCCACGCCGAAACGAGCCAGAAGGAUGAAAGCAAAAGUGAUGCUGGGAUGGUAUCUUUGGAGGAAAUUAAUAGUAUUGCACGAGAGGAUGAAUUAAUAGUAUUGGAUCCACGCCCAAUAAAUAACCAGGAAAAACAAGAAGGUGGAAAGGAGGAAAAGGCGAUUGCUGAAAAAGAAGUUAUUUCCAAUAUUCAGCGUGACAUCGAUAGCAAUUUGAAAAGUACUGGGGAAGAAUGAAGACAAAGAUUCUAACAUUACAACAAAAUUGUUUGUUCAUAGUUCCUGGCUUGCCGUUCACAGUUCUUACUUCAAAGCCAUGUUUUCGUCUGGUAUGAAGGAAACCCAUUUAAAAGAAGUGGUCAUGAAAAUCCAUAAGUCUGAAUAUCAAGCUCAUUUAACUUUAAUCGAAGCAAUAUACAAGCUGGAUGUUUUGAAUGAUAAAGAGUGCAGCCUCGUAGUUGACGUUCUUACAUUAGCUGACAAGUAUGAUGUGAAUCUAGUGUUUAAAAAAUGCAAAUACGUUUUGAUUGAAACAUCCAUCUCCAUGGAAGAAUGCGAGUAUAUCCUGAAAGUCGUAUCUGAUAUUCAAGGCUGUACUGACGUUCUUGAUGCAAUGGAGACGUUUCUGGUAAAAGAGUUUAGCCCACUGGACAAAACGUGGCUUUCACAAAAAUUCUACACACUUUCCAAACCGUCACUAAAGAUUCUUUUGGGCAGUGAUAAAUUGGUGGUAGAGUCAGAAAAUACGGUUUUUGUUGCACUAAUGAAAUGGAUUGAUUGGAAUCAACUUGAAACCAUUGACGACGGGCGUUGUAUGUUAUCACUGGUGAGAUUUGAAUUGAUGACAGUAGAUUUUAUGUAUGAUAUUGUACGGCAUCAUACAACAGCGAAAAAAUUAGAUGGUUUCAACGAAUUUCUUCAGAAUGGUUUGGCUUAUCGCGCUUUCUCACUGUCCAGAUUGCAGGAACUGGAGAUCAAACCAGUCAAACGAUGUACUUAUAUUAAUAAUAGUAAUGAUCCAACGUUUUCUUGGGUUAUUGGUCAAGAUGAACAAAGAGGCCUGAUCGAGCGCGGUCAUACUGUAUCGGGUCCCUUUUGGUUAAAGGGAUACAUGAUGGAUCUCCAGCUCAGUUAUGAGGAAACACCCCCCGACCAGAGUUAUGAGUUGUUUCUGUUCGUCGAAAACAUGAAAGAAAAGCCGGCAAGAGGACAUGUUGAAAUCAGCUGGAGGGCAAAGUCUGACUUGUUUGCAGGAAAGAAAGUUAGUUGUUCGAAAGAUAUAUACACGUGCUCGUCGGAGGGUUCUGGCACGUCAGAAAUAAAAUGCAACAUUGCGCCAUCUCUAGAGCCAAAUAACUUGUCGCAGAUGAUAGACGUCUGGGUUGAUCUUAAAUAACUUUCAAUAUUUCAAUUGUUGUACGAACUAUUCUACAUGCACGGACACUGAUAUACAGUACUGUGCAACUUGGACGUUUUAAGAAAAUAUCUGUUUAAUCUGAAACUAAAAGCUAUAAUGUCCUAUAAUGUUUUAUUUGUAGUGCAGGACCUGCAGGCGGUUCAUUAAUUUUAUAUCGGAAGAAACACCCGCUGUAAAAAUCAUCCCAUUCGAAAUAUUCGUAGUUUAUUAAUGAACACAAUCACGAAAAAGUUUGGGGUUAGGGUUUCGCGUUAACUCUACGGUUAGUGUUAAACAUAAAACUAGAAACGGCAUUAUACUUGCUAAUAAAAUAUUUGAAUGUUCAAAAGAUCAGAAUGCUCAACACGUCUUUUGGUUUGUAAAUAGUCCCCAUAAAUUUCGAAACAAAAUCCAUAUCUGCUUUACCUGCCGUCACCUGUUCCAUAUCUAUUGGGACGAUCGAGUGGGUCAGUGGCACGUAAAGUAGAGUAUAAUAUACGAACCGAGACAAGAUGUUUUGUGAGCAUUCUAAUGUUUCGAACAAUGAAAACAUUUUAACAUAUGAAGUUAUGAAGGCGUUAUAAAGAACAUUCUUGGGGGUAGCGAUUUACAAACUCUGUCUCUGAUUGGUUAGUUCACGAUUGUUAUGAGAAUUGCACAUUUUAUCAAUAAUUUUAAUAAAGUUAACCGUUGUUUCACUG